AUGACGAAGCGCGGGCAGCAGCAGCGCGGCAAGGGCCGCAGUGCCAGCGGCCGCGCCAAUGCUGGACCCCGGCUCGUCGACAAGAACGCGCUGUCGGCGCGCGGCGGCGGGCCCUCGCGCCAGUCGCGCUCUCCCUCACCGGACUCGCCGCCCGCCAAGCGGGCGUCCUCCGCCGACUCCUCCGGCUAUGACACCGAUCUACCGGACGAGGUGCAGCAGGAGGCGGUCCGCAGGGUCUGCGGCGCGCUCGGCCUGAAGGAGCAGUACGACGCGGCGGUGGCGGCGGGAGAGCUGCUCGAGCUGCUCGAGAGCCUGCCGCGAGGGACAGUCGAGGCCUCCAUCCGGCUCAUGCGGGGAUACACCCGCACGGGCGAAAAUGAGGGCUGGAGACCCAAGGGGCAAAAGGGCAAAACCGACAACGGCCGUCCACGUAAGCUCUCUGACAUUACCAUUCACGGCAUCACCGACCACCUCACCAAACGCAUCACGAGAAAAAUAAAACCGAACUGCAUGCGAAACUGGAAAAGAGUAUUUAGCUCGUUCGGCACACCGCUCUCGAACGACGCCGAGGAGAGGCAGUGGAGGAAAUACGUCCUAUAG